GUGCGCAUUUUUCACAAUAUAGGGAAAAAUGGAGGGGCGCGUCUGUGCUACGCAACUCGCAGAGUCAGAUGAUAACACUUUGAGUAGUACCCCUUUCGCGGCCUCUUUAAACGAUGGUGACAAAUUAAUAAACACUAAAAUAAAAAGUGCCCAGACUAAAGGUAACCCGAGUGACCAGGACUUAAUGAAGGGUCUUCUUUCUGAUGACUACUGCCAUGUGUGUGACACUGUGCUCUUAUUUGAGCCUCACAGACAUUAUGAGGGAGAGAAGCACAACCAGAAAGUGAAGAUGUACCUGGAGAGCCAGAGGGCAGUGGGGACCAUGAGCAAAGACUCAGGAGAACUCAAGAAAGAUGUGCCGACACACAUAGACCUCUUCUGUAAGUUAUGCAACAUGAUGUUCUGUUCCCCGGUGGUGGCAAUGUCCCAUUUCAAAGGCAAGGUCCAUGCGCAAAACCUGCGUAGGCAACCCUUCGAACAAUCCAAAGAGUUGAAUCAGCCGGGCCUACCAACUCAUUCUGGCCAGACGCAGGCUUCAUACAACGUGAGGCCCGCAGUCUGCACCGCAGCAAACCCCGGGCAGGAUCUGAAGGACCCCAAUUACUGCGCACUAUGCUCUGCCCCUUUCAACAACCCCAAGAUGGCACUGCAGCACUACAACGGCCGCAAGCACCAAAGGAACAAGGCCAGGGCGAAGGUGAUGCAAGGCCUCGGAGAGGAUGCCCAGCAAGGAAACCCGAGUGACCAGGACUUAAUGAAGGGUCUUCUUUCUGAUGACUACUGCCAUGUGUGUGACACUGUGCUCUUAUUUGAGCCUCACAGACAUUAUGAGGGAGAGAAGCACAACCAGAAAGUGAAGAUGUACCUGGAGAGCCAGAGGGCAGUGGGGACCAUGAGCAAAGACUCAGGAGAACUCAAGAAAGAUGUGCCGACACACAUAGAACACUUCUGUAAGUUAUGCAACAUGAUGUUCUGCUCCCCGGUGGUGGCAAUGUCCCAUUUCAAAGGCAAGGUCCAUGCGCAAAACCUGCGUAGGCAACCCUUCGAACAAUCCAAAGAGUUGAAUCAGCCGGGCCUACCAACUCAUUCUGGCCAGACGCAGGCUUCAUACAACGUGAAGGCCGCAGUCUGCACCGCAGCAAACCCCGGGCAGGAUCUGAAGGACCCCAAUUACUGCGCACUAUGCUCUGCCCCUUUCAACAACCCCAUGAUGGCACUGCAGCACUACAACGGCCGCAAGCACCAAAGGAACAAAGCCAGGGAGAAGUUGAUGCAAGGCCUCGGAGAGGAUGCCCAGCAAGGAAACCCGAGUGACCAGGACUUAAUGAAGGGUCUUCUUUCUGAUGACUACUGCCAUGUGUGUGACACUGUGCUCUUAUUUGAGCCUCACAGACAUUAUGAGGGAGAGAAGCACAACCAGAAAGUGAAGAUGUACCUGGAGAGCCAGAGGGCAGUGGGGACCAUGAGCAAAGACUCAGGAGAACUCAAGAAAGAUGUGCCGACACACAUAGAACACUUCUGUAAGUUAUGCAACAUGAUGUUCUGCUCCCCGGUGGUGGCAAUGUCCCAUUUCAAAGGCAAGGUCCAUGCGCAAAACCUGCGUAGGCAACCCUUCGAACAAUCCAAAGAGUUGAAUCAGCCGGGCCUACCAACUCAUUCUGGCCAGACGCAGGCUUCAUACAACGUGAAGGCCGCAGUCUGCACCGCAGCAAACCCCGGGCAGGAUCUGAAGGACCCCAAUUACUGCGCACUAUGCUCUGCCCCUUUCAACAACCCCAUGAUGGCACUGCAGCACUACAACGGCCGCAAGCACCAAAGGAACAAAGCCAGGGAGAAGUUGAUGCAAGGCCUCGGAGAGGAUGCCCAGCAAGCAAGAGGUUUUAUCUGUCAGGUGUGCAAUGCACGGUUCACCUCGAUGGAAAUGUAUCAGGCCCACAUGAAGGGGAACAAGCACCAGGUCAAGGAGAAGAAGGUGAUUGACCUGUGCAAGUCUCAACCAAAGGACUACAGCUCCUUUGCGGAUGAACUGGCCGACUACAUUCAGGUCCAGAAGGCUCGUGGGAUCAACACCCCGGCAGCCAGUCACCUGACACCCCAGGGAGGCAAACAGAAGGACGGCGACAGCGCCGAAAGGGAUCCAAGGGACAGUGUACAUCACAGAAUAUAUGAACUGAACUGUCCCCCAGUCAUUGAGCCCCCAUCGUCCAAGCCCCUCUUGGGUCCGGGCUACCCGGCUGCUGGCUGGGGUCCUCCUCCAUAUCAGCCCGGUCCCUCCUUCCCUCACCCAGCGCUCUUCCCAAGCACAGGCGCCCGUUACCCCCCGAACCCUAACCGACCGGGGGCACGGAAGAGGCACAGCGAGCAGUCGAGCUUCUCGUCCUGCUCCUCAUCGUCGUCCUCCUCCUCGUCUUCCUCCAGCAGUGACAGUGAGGAGGAGAAGAGGAAGGGGAGGAGACACAGGAGCGGGAGGGAGAAGCGGUUACGAGAACGGGACUCUGAGGAGGAGGUUUGGAGGGCGCAGCGACGGAAGAGGGUGAGGCGCAACCCCUCCCAGGAGAGAAGAGGAGGAGGAGGAGAGGAAGGCGGGAUCCCUCACACAGAGAGCAGCAGAAGGGGACAUCGAGAUCCCGUUCGGAGGCGAAGGCCGGAGAGGAGUCACGAGGAGUCUGUGGAGGCUGAAGGAGCAGAAGAGAAAGCGGUGGCUGUGAAAGACGUGAAGGCCAGGAAUCCUUCAGAAAUGCAGAAGGAACUGGUGGCGACGCACCCAGAGGCUCAGAUUACCCCUGAGCAAGCAGAGACACAAAUGGCCGUGCCCCUUAAACCCAAACCCAGGAAGGAGAAGAAGAAACAACGAGGGAUGGAGGACAAGCGGACGGAGGAAGAGAAGCUGUGGGAUGAGUCUAUGGGCCUGUUUUAGACGCCCAACUCUAACUUUUCAUCAAGCCCUCCCAACAAUAACAAUCGGACAAAUUUCAUGAAAAAGUUAUUAAUUGACUGCCGUCUAAGAAGAUCCAGAAAUCCUUGUGUUGUCCAAGCAUCCUAGUUGGCUGGCUAGUUAUUUCUAUAAUUUGUAUUAAUUAAUGGAAAACCUUUGCUGUUUUUUUAAUACACCUCUUUUCUUGUCACAAUAAAGCUAUUUUUCUUUAUCAUAUUAGUUUAAGUAUAGUUGAUUGCACUGUACUACUCAUCCGUUUACAUUUUCUAAUAUAUUAUUGGUUGUAUGUAAUUAAUAUCAUGUCAAAUAUAAGUAUUUGCAAUUAUUCAGUGUCUUUGGGAAAUCUAAAUUGUAGUUCCUUUAGCAGCCUGUAGUUGGCACUGUUCACCCAUGAUUUAUGCAAAGCAGCAUAACUAACGCUGUCAGAAUAUACUACUUGAAUAAGCAUGUAGAUUGUUAACAAAGACGAAGAUAAAAACGAAAGUUCUGACGAUGGUAGGCUUCACUUACAUUUAGCUCAUGUACGUGUGCACAGUUUGCAGUUCGUUUGGGGUCAGACAGCUGCAAAGGUGACAACUAGGACACAGUACUUAACAUGAACAGAUGCUUCAGGGUUUCUUUUCAGUGCAAUUUAAUUGUACACGUUGAUGUUUUGUGCCAAUUACUUAAUGAAUCCCAAACGGUGAAGAAACGGGUAGGUCUCGGUCUUUGUACUAUCAGUCAAAAUGAUUGAUGGGGACAAAUCACUCAUUCCUUUCUGGCACUGCCUCCUAUGUUUGAUUAGCCUUAGCUUGUCUAAGCAUCACACCAAUUGCAUUGGCAUGCCGCUAGGUAAGAUCUUUGCAUGGUUUUCAGUACUCAACCCGCAUUGCAGGAAUCAAGCUGUUUGGAAUUAAGUCCCUUAUCAAUGGGUUCCAAUAAAGAGCCCAAGCACUUAAA